UCCUUUUGCUACUUAGCACAGACUAUAAUUUCACAGCGAUGUAGAACUGAUUAUUGAACUCCCAGGGUAAAAAGUGGACGGAAAAAGCAGAAGGACGGAAACUCAUCCGCGUUUGACCCGGUGCGUCAGGAACACCUGUCGUCCCGGCUUCCUUUGCGUGUCCAACAUGGAAGAACUGGCGGUGGAGGUCCGUGGCUCCAACGGCGCUUAUUACAAGGGCUUUGUCAAAGAUAUCCACGAUGACUCUCUCACCAUUGCCUUUGAGAAGAACUGGCAGCCAGAACGCCAGGUGCCCUUCAGCGACGUCAGGCUGCCUCCACCUGCUGAUGUCAAGAAGGAGAUCGGAGAAGGAGAAGAGGUGGAGAUUCUCUCCAGAGCCAACGAACAGGAGCCUUGUGGAUGGUGGCUGGCCAAAGUCCGCAUGAUGAAGGGAGAUUUCUACGUGAUCGAAUACGCCGCUUGUGACGCCACCUACAACGAGAUCGUAACGUUCGAGCGUUUGCGGCCGGUCAACCCCAACAAGGCCGUCACCAAGAACUCCUUUCACAAGUGCACCGUCUCCGUUCCUCAGGAUCUGCAGGAAGCGUGCCAGAACGAAAACGCACACAAGGAUUUCAAGAAAGCCGUUGGCGCCUGUCGGGUUUCGUUCUGCCCAGAGAGCAGCGAGCUGCAGAUCGUGUCCACCAAUGAGACGACAGUGAAGCGCGUGUCUCUGCUGAGCGACAUGCACCUGCGCAGCCUGAGAACCAAGCUGCUGCUGAUGUCACGCAACCAGGAGGCCACAAAGCACCUGGAGACCUCCAGGCAGCUGGUGUCGUCCUUCCAGCAGGAGUUCAUCGUGAGGCCAGACCUGAUGGGCCUGGCCAUCGGCAGCCAUGGCAGCAACAUCCAGCAGGCCAGGAAGCUCCCAGGGGUCACCGCCAUCGAGUUGGACGAGGAGACCGGAACCUUCAGGAUCUACGGAGAGACGGAGGAAGCUGUGAAGAAGGCCAGAAGCUUCCUGGAGUUUGUGGAGGAUUCAGUCCAGGUGCCAAGGAAUCUUGUUGGCAAAGUGAUUGGUAAGAAUGGGAAGGUGAUCCAGGAGAUCGUGGAUAAGUCUGGUGUGGUCCGGGUCCGAAUAGAAGGAGACAACGACAACAAGCAACCCAGACAGGAAUUGACACAGGGAAUGGUCCCCUUUACGUUUGUCGGUACUAAGGAGAGUAUCGGCAACGUUCAGGUCCUGUUGGAGUAUCACAUCUCCUACUUGAAUGAGGUUGAGCAGCUUCGUCUGGAGCGGAUGCAGAUCGAUGAGCAGUUGCGUCAGAUCACCCAAGGUCACCGGCCGGUCGAUCGGGAGCGGGGCGAGCGAGGAGAGAGAGGCGGCGGGGGCUAUAACGCAGACAACGGCGCCAACGCGUCGUCAGCCUCGCUGCGCGGCAGCCGCUCCUACAACAGCAGGGGGCGCGGCCGGAGAGGCCACAGCUACAACACUGGAUACGGCGCCAAUUCGGAGCAUUCGAAUCCCUCUGAGACGGAUUCAGAGCGUAAAGACGAGCUCAGUGAUUGGUCGCUGGCAGGAGAGGACCUGGACGGGGAGAGAGAGCGAGGCCCUCGCCCACAGAGGGACGGGCGCCGGAGGCCCGGACCCGGCCGGGGCCGAGGGGGAGGAAGAGGCAGAGGAAGAGGAGGAUACGGAUACAACUCUGGUGGUAGGGAUCACGAGAACAAUCCCCCCUACGGGAGCCUGGAGGCCAACACGGAGACGGACCAGACGGCCGACACGGACGCCAGCGAGUCCAACCUGCCCGCCAACCGCCGCCGUCGCUCCCGGCGGCGCAGGACAGACGAGGACGCCACCCUGAUAGACGGCAUGAGCGAGUCCGACAACGCCUCCGUCAGCGAAAAUGGAAUAGAUUUGUCCGAAGCAAAACCUCAGCGUCGCAAUCGCAGCCGCCGCCGCCGCAUGCGCCUGCCUGAGGAGAGGCAGCCAGUGACUGUGGCCGACUACAUAUCCAGGGCUGAAUCUCAGAGCAGACAGACGACCGCCAAGGAUACCAAGAAAAACAAGGAAGUGGGUCAGGCGGAGGUCAUUGCUGAGCACAGCCCACAGUCGGCUCCGGCAACCACCAACGGCUCCAACGACGACGGGUCCGACGUCGCCGCCCCGAAAGACUCCUCCUACAAGAAGGACUCGAACCCACAACCCGUCAUGAACGGACUCUCCUAGUCAGACCCCAGCAAAGGAAAUGGUUUCAAAUAGUGACGACAUUUGAUUGGAAAUUCAUGUCGGCAUAGAGGCGUCAAUGUUAACAUCUAAACACAACAAACAUUGUUUGUUUGUUUGUUUGUUGUUUUUUUUGUUUGUUUUUUUUACUUAAUAUUUGAAACCCGUUCUGCAGCAAACCUUUUAGCGCUCUGAACCCCGACCUUUACAUGUUUAUCUCUGCUUCUGUUUCUCUUUUCAAUACUUCUUCCAAUAUGAGCUUGCCAAAGAUAGUCACACACACACACACACACACACACACACACACACACACACACACACACACACACACACACACACACACACACACACACACUUAGAGCUGCACCUUUAGUCUUCUCUUCCUCUUAGAGCUCAGACUGAGUGCAGUAUUUACAUAAUGCAGACAGGGAUUUUAAUCAGAUACUGUGGUGUGGAUGCAGCCGUUUUCCUGGUUCAUAAUGUCGUAGUCUGCCUUCUAUCAGGUGAACGUAGCGGAAUCGUUUCUUUUUGGGACGUUUUGUGCAUCAAGUUAAAUGUUCUGCAUGAGCAGAGUGCAGAAGGUUUGCUGAAAAACCCAAGUGUGACGUACUUGUGAUCAGCGGUCGUGCCUUGAGAGUAGACUCAACAAGUUGCUGCCUGGCUCUGCGCUCCAUCUGGAAUCCCUCCCCCCCUCACCUGCCACCAGUGGAACCAGUCCGGGUCGCCUGCCACCAGUGGAACCAGUCCGGGUGAGUCGGCGUGCGAAAUGCUGAGGGGUUUCAGAGCCUUCUUUUCAAAUCAGGUGUCUCUGCUCUUAAAGUCGUUGGGAGGGGGAUUCAGUGAUCCUUUAAGUGUAUCUGGAGGAUUUUUUGACUUUUAGCUGCUUCCUGUUCUUUAAUAUGCAACCACUUGGAUCAUAGGAGAUGUUAUUACUGCAGAUCUGGAAAAGAAAUGAGAAGAGUUGUUUUGUUUGCACUGAAGCGUAACCUUUUACUCUUAAAGCCGAUUGUAGUCGAGUCUGAAAGCCGUUGCGUUGCUGGUUUUCUGGGAACGUUUCUCUACCCAACCUUUUAUUUGAUCAAGUACGACACUGAGAGCUUCAGGAGACUGAAAAUCAUAACAACUGGAUGAAUCCGGUGUUGAGAUGUUGCAGAAAACCGAAGCACAGCAGCUUUUCACGGUUCUUCCACACUGGCUGGCUGGAAACUGGUCACGACUGUUCCUCUGAGGAAGAUUUAUUUGGAUUAUUUAUUUUUUAAAAAGUGUACAGUAUUUAAAAAAAAUCAUAAAAAAAAAUAAACACUCUUCUUUUUCUUGACACUAAAACGUGAUAUCCAGAGGUUUUCAUACAUCCAUCUACGAUUUGGACUACUGACAGUUGUGACAUCCCAAGAGUUUUUGUUGGGUCAACUACAGUAAACUGUUUCUUUUUUAAGGAUUGUCUGGUUGGUUGAUGUGCAAUAUGUUUUGUACGCAGGUAGUUCCUAAAUAAACUUGGAUCUUCUAUGUAGAUCUGAA